AUGGCCACCGAAAUAGAUUACGGCAACCCGUUUGACUGUGUUGAGGUUUCCCGGGCGAGAUAUAAGCAGCUAAGAGACCGUCAAUUGAGGCGACGUCGGGUCAUUUUACGACAUCUUCUGAGGAACAGUUCAUUCUCAUUGAGGUUAGAGAACAGCAAUCAAAUCAGUCUUACUCUGUCAGAUUUACUUGGCUACCGCAAACCUUCCUACCUACAGUUUGACGAAGACGUUUGUAGGAAGCGGGCGAUUCUACCAAUUAUUUCUCGUUUAAAAUGCCCAGUGCUUAGUCUUAAGCUUCGUCGUGCAAUACAGUCUUUCCUAGGCGAAUCCGGCACAUUAAAUCAAGAUAAUAAACAAAUCAUACAACAGUGGGAUAAAUUCAGCCUUGAAGUUGUUGGCGACAAAUUAAGACAAACACUGGCAUCUUGUAUAUCAACAAAUACAAACAGUAAUAUAGGAGAUAAAGCUUCAAAUGACGACAAUGUUGUUGGUAAAACAGGAGAUUCUAAUUGUGAUUUGGUCGUCAGAACAUUUACUGGUUCAGCUGCUUUUCUUAAAGGAACUCAAAGUGCUAAUCCACAUAAUGAUUACUGUCAACAUUUUGUGGAUACUGGUGAACGACCACAAAAUUUUAUACGUGAUACCGGUCUGAGAAAUCGAUUUGAAGAAUAUCCUAAAUUACGUGAGUUAAUUCGAUUAAAAGAUCAGUACAUUCAGUCAAAGGCUACACCUCCUAUGUAUUUGUGCGCUGACUUACGAACAUUUGAUUUAAAUGAGCUAGACUCAAAAUUCGAUGUUAUUCUGAUUGAACCUCCUUUAGAAGAGUAUCAUCGAAUGAAUGGUGCUGUAUUUGAUCAAUAUUGGAGUUGGGAUGAGAUUGAACGUUUAGAAAUUGAACAAAUCGCUGCUCCACGUGCAUUUGUUUGGAUAUGGUGUGGGUCAGGUGAAGGUUUGGAUGCUGCUCGAAAAUGCUUACGUAAAUGGGGUUUUCGUCGUUGUGAAGAUAUAUGUUGGAUCAAAACAAAUAUCAACAAUCCAGGACAUGAAGCUCUUGAACCGAAUUGUGUUUUUCAACGUACAAAAGAACAUUGCUUAAUGGGUAUACACGGAACUGUUAGACGUUCCACUGAUGGAGAUUUUAUUCAUGCUAAUAUAGACAUUGAUCUGAUCAUUGAAGAAGCUCCUCCACAAGGCAGUUAUGCUGCCAAAGAUAAACCAACCGAAAUUUUUCACAUUAUUGAACAUUUUUGUCUUGGAAGACGAAGAUUACAUUUAUUCGGUAGAGAUAGCACAUUAAGACCCGGUUGGGUGACAGUAGGUAAUGAACUGUCUGCAUCGAAUUAUGACCCGCGUAUAUAUGCUAAUAAUUUUAAUAAAGACCCUAAUGGAUUGUUGCUGGGAACAACUGAAGAAAUUGAGCGAUUACGGCCGAAAUCUCCGCCACCACGUCAUACAAACCCGAAUACUGCAACAGGUGCUCCCAACACAAUUUCUUCGCUUUCAGAAGUUAUACCUGGUCCUGUUUGUCCUAAUCCCGCUUUGCCUACUGGACAUAUACCUCAUUCAAUAGCUUCGACAUGUUCUGUUAGUAAUUCUGUUGUAUCGAAUAUCACUUCCAUUCCUGGCAUUUCUGGCCACCCUAUACGAAGAUUUAAUGCUACAAAUGUAAUUAAACCUGUCAAUUCUAUUGGGUCAUUAACUAAUUCUUCACUUCUGGGCUUACCAUCAGUUUUACAAAGUGUAACUAGUCGAAUUGGUCCCAAUACGAGGCUUAAUACGCGUACACCGAUUAAUGCAUUGUCAACUUCUAAUUCUCCACGAGCACUUGCUGCAUUACAGGUUGCUGCAGCCGCUCAUCAAAGCUCUAUUCAUCAUUCACAUGAUUCUCCUCUAUGGUCAACUCCAAAUAAUUUUGCCGUUGCGUUAGCUGCUGCAGCAGCAACUCAUAAUUUACCUCUUGCCUCAGCAUUGAAUUCCUUAAAUUCAAGGACUCCUAUUUCUGAUUCACAUUUACUUCCUGGACUUACCAGCGCUAAUAAACUGAAUCCAACUCUGUUAGCAAUGUUAAAUUCUUCAAAUCCCGUUGGACCAGUAGGUCUAUCAUUACUGAGUAGUAUUAUUCGAAGUAAUGUUUCUGGAAAGCAUCCUAAUAAUCCAUGGCAUUGA